GUGUGUGUGUGUGUGUGUCAGUGUGUAUUGUAAUUGAUGAGGCUGGUGUUUGGGUCCCUAGCGAGAGUGUGAUGGUAUAUAAAAGCAGUUUGUUGACACAGCAGCCUCUCCUGUGCUCGGAUGUACUGAUCUAUCAACUGAGAAGAAGAAGAAACACACUGGGAUUUGAUUGCCGUGGUCUUGAUGCAAUGAUUGGACUUUCGAAUUGAAAAGUAGACAAAGAGGCUGAAUUUAUAAUAUUUUCACAUUAUCUGGCUGAGAGACUGUCGAGGUAUGGAUGGUAAGUGAUUUGUGUGCAGAGUAGAUCCAUGUUGUGUUUCUGAGAUCCAUGUGUUUCCCUCUCUUCUCUGCUUUCAGGUGCUCAGAUGUCUCAGAGCUGCAAACUGUCUCUGCCCUGCUGUGUCACUGGGGGGUCGCUGCUGAACCCCAAGACCCCACAAAUAGGUGGGGUCAGAGUUCAGCUCGAGAUGCAUGCACUCUGGCAGCAGUUUGACCAGCUGUGCACCGAGAUGAUUGUUACCAAAGCUGGAAGAAGAAUGUUUCCAACAUUCCAAGUGAGAAUCUCUGGGAUGGAUCCCACAGUGGAAUAUGUUUUACUCAUGGACUUCAUCCCUGCUGACGACAAAAGAUACAGAUAUGCGUUCCACAGCUCCUCCUGGUUGGUGGCAGGGCGAGCAGAUGUCGCUGCUCCGAGCAGGAUGCAUUUCCAUCCCGACUCACCUGCGCGUGGAUCUCAGUGGAUGAAGCAGACCGUCUCCUUUGAUACUUUAAAACUCACCAACAACUUGCUGGAUGAAAAUGGACACAUGAUAUUAAAUUCCAUGCAUCGGUACCAGCCACGCUUCCACGUGGUGUAUGUGGAUCCAGCACCUAACAGCCACUUAAAUGCUUACAGAAACUUCGCCUCGUUCUCCUUUCCAGAGACGUGUUUCAUGGCCGUCACCGCCUACCAGAACCACCGGAUUACCCAGCUAAAGAUUGCUAACAACCCAUUUGCUAAAGGCUUCCGCACCACAGACCCCAAGGACUGGUGA